CCGGCUGCUGCGGAAGUGCCCGGCUGGGAAGUUUGCGGCCGGCGGCGAGGGGAGGCCGGGGGGGCUCUGUGGAGGUACCAUGCCGCCCAAAGGUCCCGGCAAAGGCAAGCUGCCAGUCCCGCUCCCUAAAGACAUGAUCCUGAAAGACACCGAAGGAAAAACCUGGAGGCUGGGCAAUCAGAUCGGCCAGGGAGGAUUUGGCCUGAUCUAUUUAGCGUCCCCUCAAAUUCAGGUUCCUGUAGAAGAUGAUGCAGUGCAUGUCAUUAAAGUGGAAUAUCUUGAAAAUGGCCCCUUGUUUUCUGAGCUGAAGUUUUACCAGAGGGCAGCAAAACAAGAGCAUAUAAGAAAAUGGAUGAAUCUCAAAAAAAUAAGAUGUUUAGGAAUUCCAGUGUUUUGGGGAUCAGGCCUGGCUGAGUACAAGGGAAAAAGCUACAGGUUCAUGGUCAUGGAGAGACUGGGGCAAGACCUCCAAAGAAUCUUUGAAGAUUGUGGCAGCAGGUUUAAGAAGGAGAUUGUUCUGCAACUUGGGGCACGGAUGUUGGAUACUUUGGAGUACAUACAUGAAAAUGAGUAUGUCCAUGGGGACAUUAAAGCAGCAAAUCUUCUGCUGGGCUACAGCAAUCCACAUGAGGUUUAUCUUGCAGAUUAUGGACUUUGCUACAGAUAUUGUCCCAAUGGGAACCACAAACAGUAUCAGGAAAAUCCUAGGAAGGGCCAUAAUGGGACAAUAGAGUUUACCAGCAUAGAUGCCCACAAGGGAGUAGCCCCAUCCAGACGAGGUGACCUUGAAAUCCUUGGCUACUGCAUGCUGCACUGGCUGUGUGGGAAGCUGCCCUGGGAGCAGAACCUCAAGGACCCUGUAGCUGUCCAGAGUGCGAAAACAAAACUUAUGGAUGAGCUCCCAGAUUCAGUGCUGAGGUGGGAUCCUCCUGGAAGCAGCUGCAGUGAAAUAGCCAAGUUCCUGGCCUCUGUUUCUGGCUUAGCUUAUGCUGAGAAGCCCAAGUAUCACGUGCUGAAGAAGAUCCUGCUGGAUGGGCUGGAGUCGAGCGGGAUGCGCUACGACGGCCCCCUGGAAUUUUCCACAGCAGCAGCAGCGUGCGCACGGAAUCACCUCGCUGCCAAGCUGUCCAGGGUUCGCCUCCCAAAGCCUCCAGCAAAAGCAGCUCAGCAGAAGGGAAAAAAGCCACAAGGUGAAGAAGCUGCCUAUCAAAACCAAGGCGCACAGCUCCUGGAAGAAGGAAAGCCAAGCACACGGAGCAGGAGGCGUCCCCAGGCAGAGCUGCAGCAGCAAACACAGUUACUGUCUGUACCUCAGUGGGCUCCCUUGGCCAGGCCUUCCCUAAAGCCAGAGCAGCAGAAGGAGGACAUGGGGCAAGAGGAGCAAUCCAGCUACCUGGGCAGGCCCCAGACCCGGGGAACACGCCGGCAGCUCCACGUGGAAGAGAAGCCACUUCCAUUUUACACUACACAGCAGGAGCCUGAGCACCCAAAAAAGGAAGACACUGCAAGAGAGCUGCCACCAUUUGACCCCUACAGAAUACUCUCAGAAUCCCGAAAGAAACUCAAUCACCUUGUAACUCCAGUUCCUGCAGCAGUGUCCCAGCCUGGUGCUGACACCACUCAUCCCUCUCUCUCUGCUGUGUUUAAGCUUGCAUUUGCUGAUCAAACCUACCCCUACACUGCAGCUGUUCUGGUGCUUCUGGUGCUCAUUGUCCUGUCCUUGUAUCUGCUUUGAUGUUGCUGUUCCUGUGUCUUCAGUGGGAGUGCAGUGGUGCUCCCACAAUGCAGCUUUUUCUUAGAAUUUCUUCAUUGAAGAUUUUAGUGUCAGGGGCUUGAAAAAGAAGUUUUUAAAUAAUCCUGUCAGUACAGGCCUUGUACAGGCAAGUUCUCAUCAGCACUCAAUAGUUAUGGAUUCUCUGAACAAUUUGUGUUGGCUUCUAUUUUAAAUGUUGAGAUUUUUUUUUGUUGUUUGUAACUGAACCUUUUGUUACAACAUUAAAAAAGUGUUAAAUACAA